ACCUUAUGAACAUGGGAAAAGAAAUUGAGCUAAGGCCCAAGGCAAAUGUCUCUUCUUACAUCCACUUUUUGCUGAAUUACAGGAACAAGUUCAAGGAGCAGCAGCCAAAUACCUACCUCAGCUUUAAAGAGUUCUCUAGAAAGUGUUCGGAAAAAUGGAGAUCCAUCUCAAAACAUGAAAAGGCCAAAUAUGAAGCCCUGGCCAAGCUCGACAAAGCCCGAUACCAGGAAGAGAUGAUGAAUUAUGGUGGCAAGAAGAAGAAGAGGAGAAAGAGGGACCCCUACGCACCCAGACGGCCCCCAUCGUCUUUCUUGCUCUUCUGCCAAGACCACUAUGCCCAGUUGAAGAGGGAGAAUCCGAACUGGUCUGUAGUGCAGGUGGCAAAGGCCUCAGGGAAGAUGUGGUCAGCAACAACAGGUGCUGAAAAGCAGCCAUAUGAGCAAAGAGCAGCUCUCCUGAGAGCCAAGUACCAAGAGGACCUGGAAAUCUACCGUAAACAACGUAAGGCCAACAAGGGCCACCAACGGUCAGCUAAGAACCAGCGAAGAGGGAAAAUGGAGUCGGACAAGGCUGAUGGAUCCAAUUAG